UGCCACCGUCAUUACAUGUGAACUAACAGAAAUGUGCAAGAAAGAACACUUAGUUUCCAACAUGGCUUUUUGUUUUUAUGGCUUAGUAGUGGUCAUUUCCUCAGUGUGUUGGUUUGGGACGAUGGCUGAUUCUGAAUCGUGUUUCCCACCUGAUUUCAUUUUCGGAGUUGGUAGCUCUGCUUACCAAGUGGAAGGAGGCGCAACUGCGGAUGGUAAGGGAGAAAGUACAAUAGAUAGGUUUGUCCAUACAAGACCAGAACAUAUCAUUGACAGAUCCAAUGGUGAUAUUGCCUGCAACACAUAUAAGCUCUUCAAAGAGGACACACUACUGUUAAAGGACCUUGGGGUUGACUUUUACAGAUUUUCAAUCAGCUGGCCUCGGAUUUUACCUAAUGGCGAUGUUUCAAAAAUAAACUAUGCUGGAAUUAAGUAUUACAAUGAUCUCAUAAAUAAUCUCCUAGAAAAUGGGAUACAGCCAAUGGUAACAAUGUUUCACUGGGACACACCUCAAGCUUUGCAGGACCUUGGGGGAUGGCCCAACCCCUUGAUUGCAGACUACUUCGAGGACUAUGCCAAGAUUCUGUUUGAGAACUUUGGUGAUAGGGUAAAGUAUUGGUGCACCAUCAACGAGCCCCGACUGUUCUCCAGUUUCGCGUAUGGAAGGUCGUUGCCGGUCUACCCUCUGUUGGCCCCUGGUCUAGAGAUGCAUGGGGUGGGGGAGUAUCUGGCAUGUCACACCAUGCUGCUGGCCCACGCCAAGGCUUACCACCUUUACAACAACCACUACAGGGAGGUACAGCAGGGUCAAAUAGGAAUCGUGGCAGACGGGUUCUAUUACAGGCCCGCUACUAACAAUCCAAAAGACUUGGAGGCAGCUGAAAGAGGGCUUACAUUUGAGCUAGGAUGGGUUUUACACCCCAUCUUCAGCCAAGAAGGAGAUUAUCCCACUAUAAUGAAGGAGAGAGUAGCUGAGAACAGUAUGAAGGAGGGAAGGUAUAGAUCUCGGUUACCAUCCUUCACACCAGAGCAAAUAGAAAUGAUCAAAGGGUCUGCAGAUUUCCUAGGGCUGAAUCACUACACAACAUACGUCGUAUCUGAGGGUGAAUGUGGAGCCAACCCUUCACAAAACAGGGAUACCAACUUUAUCAGAUCUAUUGACCCUAAAACCACAACCCCUAGAUAUCCUUCCUGGCUCGCUGUUGAACCAGAAGGUGUAAAGAAUAUUCUGCAGUGGAUCAGAAGGAACUACGGAAAUCCAAAAGUGAUCAUCACAGAAAAUGGUUGCUCUGAUCCUCACAAACUUGAGGACAAUCACAAAGUAGAAUAUCACAAGGCCUAUCUAAAGCAGAUCCUGGAGGCCAUCAAGGAAGGCUGCAAUGUCCAAGGAUACACAGCUUGGAGUUUUCUGGACAGUUAUGAAUGGGACUGCGGCUAUACGGAAAAGUUUGGUCUGUAUCAUGUUGAUUUUGAAGACCCUGCUAGACCUAGGACUCCGAAGAAAUCUGCAAAGUUCUACAAAGACUUCCUACAAACAAGAUGUUUACCAUGACCCACCUAAAAGUAUUUGUAUUUAUUGUUUUACAUUUCUAAUAAAACUAAUCUGUUUUUAUUUGUUAA